AAGUUCAUUCAUUGUUAUCUAGUCACGUGAUUAGAAUGGUUUUUUUUUAAUAUGCAGCUGAUUAAAAUCUAGUUAUGAAAUUAAAAUAUAUUAUCGAUAAAUUAUUAUUAAUAUUAAACUGAAUCUAGUUUUAUAAACAUAUAUUGAAAAAUAAUUUAAAUAUAAAUUUUAAUAUUAAUAGUUUAAUAUAUUCAAUAGAUAUAUUCAAUCUAAAAGUGUCAUAACCUUUCUAUUAAUGAUGAAACAUAAGUUUUAAUGACUUUCCAUUUUGUGAAUUGUUUAGUUCCUAUGAGCAUAUUAAAAAAUGACACUUAUUUGGAAAUUCUUUACUAGAAAUAUUAUUUCACAAAAAAUAAAAUUUUGUAAAUCGCCAAUUAUACAUAAACAAUUAUUUUAUAUAUAUUUAACAUCAUCAGCCAGAAUUAAUCGGAAAACCUGUAUAUUUAACACUUUAAGAUAUUAUGGAACAAAUACUUUAGAAACUAAAACUUUAAAUGUACGAUUUAUUACAAAAAAAAAAGAAACUUCAGAAUUGAAAAACCUAAUUGUGUUAGCAGUACCUGAGAAAUGGAGGUUAUUCAGUGCUAUUACUUUUUUACUAAUUUCAUCUACUAUAACAAUGGCAGUACCAUUUUGUUUAGGAAAAUUAAUUGAUAUCAUUAAUACAAGUGAUAAAAAGGAUAUGAAAAAAAAUCUUAAUCAAUUAUGUAUCAUUUUAUUUGGAAUAUUUGCCUUUGGAGGUCUAUGUAAUUUUUGCAGAGUAUAUUUAAUGUCUACUACUGGACAUAGAAUUACUCAAUCUUUGAGGAAACAAUUAUAUGCUGCUAUUCUUCGACAAGAAAUAGCAAUUUUUGAUAAAUGUAAUACAGGAGAAUUUGUUGGUCGAUUAUCUGGAGAUACACAACUUGUUAGCAAUGCUCUGACAAGCAAUAUAUCAGAUGGAUUACGUUUUGCCUUUAUGAGCAUUUCUGGAAUAUCUAUGAUGUUUUAUACUUCUCCUAAAUUGGCUAUAGUUAGUCUAGCAAUUGUUCCACCAGUUGCUGGUUUAGCUAUAGUAUGUGGUCGUUUUUUAAAAAAGAUUUCCAGAGACAUACAAAACAAUUUAGCAUCACUAAAUAUAAUAUCUGAAGAAAGAAUUAGUAAUAUAAGAACAGUAAAAGCUUUUUCAAAAGAAAUAAAUGAAACCAAUUAUUAUAAUUCUCAACUAGAUGAUAUGCUUAAAGUUUGUUAUAAAGAAAGUUUAUGCAGAGGAAUGUUUUUUGGAUUAACUGGUUUUUCUGGAAAUAUGAUUAUCUUAUCAGUGUUAUAUUAUGGUGGAACUAUGAUUUCUGAUUCCUCUCUUACAAUUGGAAGCUUAAGUGCAUUCUUAGGGUAUGCUGUAUAUGUUGCAAUUUCUUUGAAUGGGUUAUCUUCAUUUUAUAGCGAAUUAAAUAAAGCAUUGGGUGCAAAUAUACGUUUAGUCGAAUUGAUUGAAAAAGAAUCAGCAAUACCAAUUUAUGGUGGUGAAAUUCUGAAAAAUCAACUAUCAGGUGAUAUUGAAUUUCGCAAUGUCAGUUUUGCUUAUCCUACAAGAGAAAAUACAUGGGUUUUGAAAAAUUUCAGUUUAAAAAUCCCUUCAUGCACAGUAGUUGCUAUUGUUGGAGCAUCAGGUUCUGGAAAAUCUACAAUAGCUUCACUUUUAUUAAGAUUUUAUGAUCCUAAUUUAGGAUCUAUACUUUUAGAUAAUUAUGAUCUUAAGUUUCUUAAUCCAGCAUGGGUAAAAUCACAGAUCAGUAUUGUUUCUCAGGAACCUAUUCUCUUUAGUGGAACAAUAAGAGAAAACAUACUAUAUGGAGCAAUAAACUCAGUAAAAUAUGAUGUAAAAGAGAUUGCAAAACGUGCACAUAUUUUAGAAUUUACAGAAAAUAUGCCAAAUGGUUUAGAUACAGUAGUAGGAGAACGAGGCAUUACCCUUAGUGGAGGACAGAGACAGAGAGUUGCUAUUGCUAGAGCAUUAAUAAAGAAUCCCAAAAUCUUAAUUUUGGAUGAAGCCACAAGUGCAUUAGAUGCAGAGAGUGAACAUUAUGUACAAAAAGCUUUAGAAAAAGCUGUUCAAGGAAGGACAGUUCUCACUAUAGCUCAUAGAUUGAGUACAAUAAAAAACGCAGAUAAAGUCAUUGUUUUGAAACAAGGACAAGUGAUAGAAACUGGGAGCUAUAAAGAACUUAUGAAUUUGAAAGAUAGUUAUUUUAAUAAGUUAAUUCAAUAUCAAACUUUUACUUAAAUUAAUAAAAACAUAAUUAAAUUGAUAUAUUAUGAAAAUUAUAUGUAUAUAUUGUUAAAAAAAUAUGAACUAAAAAACAAAUUGUAUGAAAAUAAUUUAUAAAGGUAUUGAAAGUCAUAUUUGUAAUAAAUAAUGAUUAAAUUUAUUGAUUUAAUUUUUGAAAUACAAUGUUUUAUUUUGAAA